AUGUGUAGAGACGAGGAGAAAUCCUCUCUCCGCAUCUUCCAUACCAGGUUGGUUCCUUUCUUGGUGGUGAAGGUUGUUGCGUUCGGCGCACCCAUCACCGCUGGGAGACACCACCCGCCGCAUCGGUGCUUCCCCGGGCCCCCCAACCUCUACGUUGGACCCCGGUGGCUGCCCCGACGCGGUGCCCGAAGCCCGGGGGCUUACGUCCCCGGCACUGCUGGAAUUCCUGGAGGGAGCCGCCCCGCGGAAUCCGCCGUUCGUCGGCGUUGUCCACGGGGUCUGGACCCUUCACCCGAGGGCCGUAUGCCGCAGCCAGCCAGCGCCCGCAAGGGCGUCUAG